AUGAAAAGAAAGAAACUUGUUGCAAUCAGAUGACUAGAAACAUGAAUUCUGCAACACAUACUUUGUUUACGCCAGACUAUAGUCACCUUACUGGAUUUAUUAAGCAUUUAAAUGCAGAUGAAUUGAAAGAUAUUUUAAACAAUGACGAAAAAUCAGAGGACAUAAUUAAAGACUUGAAGCAGGUUAAAGAUAUAGAAGCAGAAAGAGAGAUGCUUAUAGCAAGUAACAGGAGUAUUUCAGAAUACAACUUAUCAAAGAAAGACAUUAUUCAAGAGCAAAAGAAAGAACUCGAUGAAUCAUAUCAAAGAGCUCUUGAAUUAAAAACACUAUUGUUAAAAUCUAAGAGCCAAAUAGAAUCCAAAAUCGGAGUUCAAUCUGAAGAAACUAUCCUAGCUUUACUGCAAGCUGCAACUUCUGAAAUUGAUGAAGAAGCAGAGGCUACUGUUGAUGUCUUUUUGAAAGGGGAAAUCACUGUUGAAGACUUCCUAGAAAAAUAUCUAGAACUAAGAAAAUUGGCUCAUCUGCGGAGGAUCAAGUCUGAAAAGCUAGCAAAAUUGUUGCAGGAUGGCGGAAACAUAACUUCAACCCCACCAACCCGCCCUAACAGGCACAGAAAAGCUCCUCCUCCACCACCCGUAUCAAAUAAUUUUGUCCCACCUAACUCUAACUUUUCCCCUAAUCAAAAUAAUUCUUUCAUGCCUAUGAGGCAGGCUCCUUAUCCACCUGCACCUCCACAAAUCCCAAGCGCUCACAAUGUUCCUUAUUUUGGUGCUCAAGCUGCAACUCCUUUUCCUGCCCAGACUGCUCCUUAUCCUGCUAUGUAUCCUAACCCAUCGGCCUCUUUCUCAUACUGUUCCCCAUAUCCACGCCAUCCAGCUGUCCCAAACCUAAGAUACCCCCAGCACAAGUAAAGAAA